AUGGGAUAUACGCUGAACGGUCCUGUGACGGCCGUAUUCGUGGUUUGUGGUGUGGUGCUGAACUCGAUCACUGUGCUCGUUCUGCUGAAACAGCCAAAACGAUGCACCACCACCACCACCACUACAUCAUCAACUAGUCGAACGUUGAUCAAGCAAAAGGCUUUAACGAGAUCGAAUGACUCUGUACGACUGAGAUCGUACAUCACCAAUUCACGACCGCUCAUCUACACGUACCUUUUGUGGAUCACCUUCUCGGAUACAUCCCUGCUGCUGAACGCCUUCUUGAUGUACUGUAUGCCCACAUUCAUGUCAUCGUUGGGUUUUUAUGCACGUCUCUUUCCCACCUACUACAUGCUCAGUAAUGCGUCACUGACGUCUUCGGUAUGGUUGAUAUGCGCACUGAUGUUUGAACGAUAUCGAGCGUUGUGUCGUCCGUUAUCGAAGCAAUUGAAACAGCGACAGCAAAUCACCGUGAAUCGUGCGCAUAAAAUUCUCACACUGGUACUGUUCAUCGCUGUGCUCUUCUCGUUGCCUCGCCUGUUUGAGUUGUCUGUUUUCGAGUAUGAUGGGGAACUGUACGUGAAGCAAACAGUUUUGGUGAACAAUCGUUUGUAUAUGAUUGGCUAUCGAAUCAUCGGUGGCCUCUUGUUCUAUUCACUUUUCCCAUAUAUUGGCCUCUUCACGAUGUCCACACGAAUCUCAUUCGCUUUGCAUCAAGCGGCCAAAGAAAGGCAACGUUUAGCCUCCGCAACAGUACUGUCAGCGUCAUCGCAACGUCUGUUGUCGUCUGCACAAAAGACGGCCGAAUCUGAAUUGAUUCUGUUGGCGGUCAUGGCCAAAUUUCUACUCUCAAGACUAAUGCCGACAGCGUUGGAUGUUGCUGAGCAUGUGAUCUCAGCGAAAGAAUUUCUGAAUUCUGACACUGCAACAAUUUGUGUUGACAUCAGCAAUUUGUUGGUGGUGAUCUCGAGUGCGACAAAUUUCUUCAUUUAUUUCUCGUUUUCUCGUUCGUUUCGACACGCAGUCUGUCCACCAUUUGUGACUGCUGCCUCAUCGCUGAGUUGGUGUUAUUGUUGUUGUUGUUGUUUUUGCCGUCAAAAAAGUGUUGUGUCGUUGAGCAGUAAUCAGCCGAACAGACCAAAUAAUGCGACAAAUUCGUUUCGUUCGGAACUGAAAAUGCUCUCGCACAAUCCAAAUACUUCACUUCUUGCUACUAGAGCCUCAUCAUCGGGUGUUAUCGCCAACAACAAUAGUAAUAAUAACUGUGAUUCAAACUGCUCAUCAACUAUUCAUCCAAUAACACUGUCGACACGUAACGAUUUGAUUGUGCCACCAGCAAAAACUGAAAUGCUCAUUUGA